CUCACAUGCCGUAUAAAUGUACAAAAUGCCGUAUAAAAGAACAAAAGCAAUCACCAGGUGUAAUCAAGGUAUUCCGAAUGAGUAGCUGUGCUUUAUUUUCCCUCACAUGCCGUAUAAAAGUACAAUAUGCCGUAUAAAGAACGAAAGCAAUCACCAGGUGUAAACAAGGUGUUCCGAAUGAGUAGCUGUGCUUUAUUUCCCCUCACAUGCCGUAUAAAAGUACGAAAUCAAUCACCAGGUGCAAUCAAGGUAUUCCGUAUGGGUAGCUGUCCUUUAUUCCCCUCACAUGCC